AUGAUCUUUCAAAGACCAUUCUCGGACCCGAGGACAAGCAGAGAUUCCAGGCCAUCACCGGGACGAUACGGAAUGGAACAGGCAAACCCGGUCAGCACCCCCGGGUAUGGAGCAGAGCUACCAACCGAGCAGCCACAAGACCAACUACUCGGACCCGAGGACAAGCAGAGAUUCCAGGCCAUCACCGGGAGUCUUCUGUGCGUUGCCCAAUGCACCCGGUACCAUCUGUCAUACGCAGUGCACCAACCGACACGGGCAUGCGCAAACCCAGCACAGGUCCACAUGGCUGCGGCCAAGCACCUACUACGGUACUUACGCGGAACGCCGGACCUGCCGAUCGUGUACAAGAAGGGGCAGUUCAGACUCUCGUGCUUCACUGACUCGUCAUUUGGAGCCAACCCAGACAUCGGCAGGUCUACCACCGGAUACCUGUUCUGCGUAGGAGGUGGACUGAUCGGCUACGGAGCCAAGGCCCAGACUCUCGCAGCACAGAACACCGUGGAGGUCGAACUUCAAGCGCUGAGCUUCAGUGCUUGCGAGGCAGUCUACAUCUCCAACUUCAUGACGGAAAUCGGAUUCAAGACCUUUCGAUCGGUACCCAUCAACAGCGACAGCACCGGAGCAUUGACUGUGGCCAGCAACGCGAUGUUCAGCUCUAGAACCAAGCACAUCCGGUUCUUCUUCUUCUUCCUCAGGGAACUCACGAAGGGGCACCGGAUCACUCUUCACCACCAACCUAGUGCCACGAUGUUGGCGGACAUCGCGACGAAACAUCUCCCGAAGCAGCGAUUCGCCACCAUCAUGCAAUUCAUCAAGGACUACAAGUGCUAGAAGAUAUUUAGCACAAGAUUGCACAGUGUGGUUGAAUGUUUCGAAUGCGGGUAUUGCUCA